AUGACGUUCUAUGAUCGCUUUUUUUCCGAGGAUCUUCCGAAGUACAAGUAUGCUUCACAAGUCCGAGAAGAUGUUAAAAGAGUCUUGGUUUCCUACAAGCAACUUCGGCCGAAAAUCGAUAAUUUUAUUUUCAACGAUGGAACUUCUCAGGAUCUCGUCUGUUUGGAAGGCACCAUUCCUGUACUGUACUUAAAUUCUACAUACAAUAUUCCUGUUGCUAUAUUUCUAAAACAGUCACACCCUCACGCGGCUCCCAUGGUGUAUGUGAGGCCCACUUCUACCAUGCAGAUCAAAGCUAGUGAAUUCGUCGACAAUACUGGGUUAAUCCAGCUGCCCUACAUUUCCGAAUGGAAACACCCUGCAUCGGAUUUGCUUGGUUUGCUUAACGUGUUGCAAGUGGUUUUUGGAGAGAAACCACCAGUUUUUUCCAAAGUUCCGUUACCGAAGACUACGCCAACUCCGCCACCACAACCUUAUCCUCCAGGUUAUUUUGCCCAACCAGCCCUGGGAACCGGUUCAGAUGGGGGUGUGUCGUCUCAAAGUAUUGGCAUGCCCUCUUUGCCGGGUAUCGGGUGGCAACUUCCUAAUCCACCUGCUUAUGUCGGAAUGUCAAUGCCCCAACUACCUAGCUACAACUCCCCUUUUCCCGAUUUCGGCAUACCACCGACUCCGCUUGGGGGACCGCAGCUCGAUCCCAGCUUUAUACCCCUACCAGGUGAUCCUCAGCAAAAUUCAUUAAGUGAACAACAUCUGCGGCUAUCCUUAUGCUCUGCAGUCCUGGACAAAAUUCGUCGGGUUCAGAACGAACUUAUUUGUCAGUAUGGCGAUGAACUGAAAGCUCUUCAGCAGGCCCAGUCGGACUUGAUUUGCGGCGGACAGCGGUUGAAAGACAUGAUGUCCCAAAUGGAUCGUGAGCAGGAAAGGGCUAAUGAAGCAUUGGAAUCACUGAAGAAAAAGAACGCUGAACUGUCCGAUUUGUUCAACCGUUUGCGUGUGGCGGAAAAUGAACCGCUAAACGUUGACGAGGCCGUAGAUACGACGUAUCCUCUUUAUCGCCAGUUGGUUUCUAGUUUCGCUGAAGAGCAAGCUAUUGAAGACGCCAUCUAUUUUCUGGGCAAGGCCCUCGGAAAGGGCGCGUUGGAGUUGGAUGUGUUUCUAAAGAAAGUUCGCGAACUGUCGAGACGCCAGUUUAUGCUCCGCGCAACAGUUCAGCAGUGUCGUGAAAAAGCCGGUCUGCCUGUG